UUUGGGUCUCCAAAUGGCUAGAACAGUUUUCAUCACCGGAGCUAGUGGCUAUAUUGGCGGCGACUUGCUCUCACAGCUCAGCCAAAUUUACCCCAAUCUGAACUACAGAGCUCUAGUCCGUGGUCUUGAGAAAGGCGGUCAGAUCAAAGCAGCGUACCCUACCGUCGAAAUUGUAUAUGGUGGCCUUGACGAUGAGACUAUCUUGGAAACCGAAAGCGCUAAUGCGGAUAUCAUUAUUCACACAGCAGAUGCAGCGGACAACCUGAAAGCGGCCCAGGCCAUUUACUCAGGCAUACUCAAGGGGCAUUCUCCUGAUCGGCCAGUGUACUGGCUUCAUACAAGUGGCGCCGGUAUCUUCAGCUAUAUCGAUACUGACAAUGAAACGUACGGUAUCAGGCGAGAGAAAACUUUCGACGAUCUCGAAGGGAUAAAAGAAAUCAUUACCAUGCCGGACCAUGCCUUUCAUCGCAAUGUCGACAAAUUUGUGCUGGAAGCUACGGCCAAGCAUCCUGAGACCCUUAAAGCAGCCAUCAUAUCUCCGAAUACCGUUUUUGGUCACGGUCGCGGACCCUGCUCAAGGCGCAGUAGACAACUCUACGAACUCUCAAAGUGGACUAUACUAAGGAAAAAGGCCCCUGUUAUCGGAGAAGGACUUUCGUUCGGUUGUACAAUUCAUAUAGCUGAUGUGACCACUCUAUUUUUGGCUCUUUUUGACGCUGCAUUCCAAGGUCACGAUGGCUUUUGGGGCCCUGAGGCAUAUUAUCUCGCGGAGAGUGGUGAACACAUUUGGGGCGAUGUAGCAAAAAGGGUCGCUAAAAUUGCCUUCGAGCUUGGGUAUAUCCCGGCGCCUGAGACAGAGCCACUGGACGCCAAAGUCGCUCAGGAAUAUGCCGGAUACGAGGCCGCUAGCUGGGGAUUGAAUGUGAGAUGCCGCGCGCUUCGAGCUCGACACUUACUGGGGUGGAAACCAACUGGGCCAAGCCUUGAAGAAGAACUGCCAAACAUUGUUCGUGAAGAAUGGACGCUGCUACAGGCGAAGCACUGAAUAUGCUUGUCUUCUUGCUUCUGGGCGAGGGCCGGACUCGCUUUCACCUACUAAUUAGAGCACCUUGUU